ACCCAGAGAAACAUUACUUUCUUUAACUUGUCAUUUCUUUCUCCUGUCAUGUUAGGUUGAAUUGUCUCAUAUGAUCUCAUCCUGCCAAGAACAAGCUACUGUGAGUCUUCUACCUUGCUUGGCUCUGUACUUAGACCUUUCUGAGAGACCUGGAGACACUGCACACUUCCACCCCCCCCUACCUGCCAAACUCCACAAAAGAGAAUAAAACAAGAGCUAUGUUCAAGCUUCCAAAACACCAGCAGCGUCAGUCCCCACACACUCCUUUCGAGUCUCAUGACACUCUUACUGCCAUCAGCUGCUGCUAUUUUAUUAUAUGUCAGUUAUAUAUCCCCUUCUCUCACCCAUUCCUACCAUCCCAAGCCUCCUGUUUUCACCCAAAAUAGAGGGGGAGAAGCGACGGAGAACAAGCCACCGAAUAAAGGCGCCGCCUUUGGAGGAGAAGAGAAGAGAAAGCAGCGAAACAGAGUUCCAUCAGCUGUGAAGAGGAGACGAGAAGGGAAGAUGAUGCGAGGUACCAACACCCUCAUCGGGGCCGUGAACUUUGUCACGUUCCUGAUAUCGAUCCCCAUCUUGGGCGGCGGAAUAUGGCUCAGUGCCAAGGCCAAUUCCACCGACUGCCUCCGCUUCCUCCAGUGGCCGCUCAUCGUCAUCGGCAUCGCCAUCAUGGUCAUCUCCCUCAUGGGCUUCGCCGGUGCCUGCUACCGCCUCACCUGGCUGCUCCGCAUCUACCUCUUCGUCAUGUUCUUCGUGGUCGUCGCGCUCCUCAGCUUCGUCGUCUUCGCCUACGCCGUCACCGACCGCGGCCACGGCCAGGUCGUCAUGGACCGCGCCUUCCUCGAGUACCAGCUCUCGGACUACUCCGGCUGGCUCAAGGACCGCGUAUCCGACCCCGGGUACUGGGCCAAGAUCAGCGCCUGCCUCCGCGACAGCCGCGUGUGCCCCAAGAUGGCGAGGUACGGCCGGGACUCCACCACGGGGUUGCUCAUCCCUGAGCCCGCGGUUCUGUUCUACCAGAGGCAUCUCUCCCCUAUCGAGUCUGGGUGUUGUAAGCCUCCCACUUCGUGUGGGUUUACAUACGUAAAUGAGACAUACUGGACUGCACAACCAGGGACUGUGGUGAAUGACAUUGACUGCACCAGGUGGAGCAACGAGCAACAUUCACUGUGCUACCAGUGUGGAUCAUGCAAGGCCGGGGUUCUCGCGAGCAUCAGGCAUAACUGGAGGAAGGUCUCCGUGAUUAACAUUGUUGUGCUCGUCAUCCUCGUGAUCGUGUACGUCAUUGGUUGUGCCGCAUUCAGAAACGCAAAAAGGAUCGACAACGAUGAGCCCUUCGGAGAGAACAGGAUGAGUAAAGCAAGACCUAGCAGGUUCCAGUUCUAGACAGCAGUUGAUGAUUGGCUUCAAGUUGCCGAAGGAAGAGAAGAGGCUCCAUCAAAUUCCAGUUGGCUUGAUUUGUCUCUAUGUGACAGUUCUAUUUGUAUCAGUUAUCUUUUAUGUUCAACACAAUCAAACAGAAGACAGUGGGUGAUCUCAUUUUUCCUUAGUUGAAAUGUUGUUUGUGUUACCAGAAAACAAGACUUGUCCUCUUGCUUGUAUGGAACUUCAUUCACAUGAAUAGUGAUUCAGCAGUUUGUAUAA